GGGAACUUCAACCAACUUUUGUUGUAGCGAUCAGGCGGGAACGUUCAACAAAUUCCUUCGUUACCUCUUUCUGCCGUCUGAAAAAAGAGCGGGAACUCCGAUCGACUGCGUUCGACGGCGGGAACUUGAGCCAAUUCCUUCGCCGCCUUAUUUUCAAGUUCGACCGAAGGCAGCCCGAACGGCGAGUAGAAAUUUCAACGAACGAAUCUCUCCCCGCCAACACCACCUCUCGUGCGAUGGACUCGGAAAGUGAGAGCCAUCGCAAAUGGCGGCGGACAGUGGGAAGGGAUUGCACGCCGUCGACCGAGAGGCGACUGAUACUUGGCGUUACUCGUUCAUUGGGAGCACAACAAAUGGAGGUGGCCCUUUGCACAAGGGAGUCUCGGGCCUCCUCCUCGUUGUCUGCCUUCAGUAGCGUUUCACCAUUGGCCUUCUUCCUCCUGUACUUCAUCGCAGCAAUCGCCUUCUCCACGGUGGCAGGAUCGACCAAUGUGGCAAAUGAGCUCGUUGGCGAAGACUUCAACCUGGCGGAAGUUGUUCCGAGACUCAUCGGCGGACCUUGGCAACCUAGGAGCGUUAGGGAAUCAAAAAUUCUUUCACCUGGCUUUGAGCAGAGCGAAAACUGGGAAUCUUCCAGAUACUGUGAUGGACAACGUGCUGGCAUGUACAUGAUCCCAACCACAGAGAACUGCAGCUCAGCGUACAUUUGUUUUGGAGAAGGACAAGGAUACUUCUUACAAUGCGACAGUGACUUCAGAGAGCGCCAGAGAGUGUCAUUUACAAACGGCGAAUUCAAGUGUGGGAACACAUGUGCUCUUUGGCACACAGGCAUGGUUGGGCACGCAGAUGCAUUUGAGCCCAUGGAGGAGGGUCGUGUGUUGCAGUCAGGUAUGUGUGCGGAUAUAUACAAGUUCACAAGUGAUAAGGCGGAGUGACUAAUGAUGCACCAGAUGAGGAUGGAAGUUGUUCACGGAAAGCAAACACUUCUCAGGGCAUCCUCAGACUUGCACUUUCCUGAACAAGUUGGGCGAGAAUUACAGCGACGUUCAGAAAGCCUGAGUUUAAGUAUGUCCUCAAUUUUCACUUUUAGGUUGUGUGGCCGCUGAGGCAAUCUGAAGCACAUUUCAUGAAGAUUCUGUUGUUGGAGUGAUGGGCACGGAUCUGCCAAGGCAGAAACUAACUUCCUGUGCAAAAGGCUGAGCUUUACCGCAUAAUUCUGCAUACCAUGGCCUCUGAGGCAAUCUGAAGCACAUUUAAUGAA